AUGAAGCAACAGAUCAACUGCUACGAGGCUGACGGGGUGACUGUGAAGAAGACCCUGGAUCUCCCCGAGGUCUUUUCCGUGCCAAUAAGGCAGGACCUUGUUCUGAAGACAUACUCUCUCUACAGGAUGAAGACCAGGCAGCCGUAUGCAGUGUCGAAGAAUGCAGGUAUGCAGCACUCUGCAGAGUCAUGGGGAACAGGAAGGGCCAUUGCUCGCGUGCCUCGGGUGAAGGGAGGAGGAACAAGAAGGGCAGGGCAGGGUGCAUUUGCAAACUUCUGCCGUAAGGGUAGGAUGGCGCAUCCGACGAAGACCCACAGGAGAUGGGCCAGGAAGGUUGUGGAGAACACGAAGAAGAUAGCUGAGGCAAUGGCCGUUGCAGCUUCUGCGCAGGCGUCUCUUGUUGAGGCACGGGGGCACAGGAUAUCCGAUGUCAAGAUGCUUCCGAUUAUUGUUUCCGACGACAUUGCAAAAGCCAGAAAGACCAAGGAUGCAGUGGAGAUCCUCAGGAACUUGAACAUGACAGAGGAGCUGAAGAGGGUUGAGAAGAGCAGAGGAGUUCGAUGUGGAAAGGGGAAGAUGAGGAACAGAAGAUACACCCAGAGGAAAGGAAUACUGAUUGUCCACGGAGAGUCUUCUGAAAUGCUUGGAUUCAGGAACAUCCGGGGGGUUGACCAGAUGAGCAUUGACAGCCUGGACCUCCUUGAGCUUGCGCCUGGGGGAGUGGCCGGAAGACUAAUUAUCUGGACCGAAAGUGCAUUUGAGAAGCUGGACAAGAUCUUUGGAGGGGUUGAAAGAGAGGCAGAGCUUACGCCUGGGUUCAAGCUUCCCAACAGGAUUGUGACCCAUGACGAUCUUGAGGAGCUGUUCUACAGCGAUGCCGUCCAAGCCAUUCUCGACGAGCCUCUGUUCGUGGGAAGGACAUCGGUCAAGCUGGACGACGAAGAGAUGGAAGAGAGGCUGAGGUUCAUUAGGAAGUUUGAUGCAUCUGCCAUAAGAUCUACUAAUUAA